AUGUCGGCGACUUUCAGAUCAAAGAACAUCAGACCUCCGAUUCAAGACCAAAUCUCAGAGUUACAGAGAAAAAUCCAGCUGCUAGAGAGAGACAGAAGUGCGCAGUGUGAGAGUUCACAGAGUUUAAUAAGGAAGAACAGAGAGAAGAUCCUGCAGCUCAGACAGGAGAAUAAACUCCUGCACCGGAAACUGGCCGAGGCACUUGUUACAGAUGAGCAGGUCAUCAGCAAUGCCUUUCAGUCCCACAUCAAAGAGAAGGGUGCCUUCAGGAACAUGUCCGCUAAGGCGGCGGUGCAGGCCCUGGAACAGAAAGUGUGUGAAAAAAUGAACAUGCUAAACUCACUGAAGUACAUGAGGAACACACAGCGCCACCGUCUGGAAGAACUGAACACUGAGUACAACAAUGUGAGAGCAACCAAACGCAGCCUACUGCCUGGCAAGGUAACACACACACACACACGCAGUAAUGGUACUAACCUGUGUGUGUUGGAAAAUCGAUUACAAGAAGCUCAGCUGAAAUGUCAGGAGGGUGAACACAUCAUGAAUACCUACAGAAAAGUAAAGGAGUACCUGCAGGAGGAGAGUCUGACGUUCCAGUCUCAGUUAGAUGAGUUGAAGCGUGAGAUUGUUAAACGGAAACAGAAGCUCAGAGAACUGCAGCUAAUGAACAACAAUGCACACCAGGCCAAAGUUGCAGCCAAGGCAGAGCUAAAGAGUCAGGCGCUGAUGGUGUACAGUGAGAGGAGGGAGAGAGAACUUCUCCUGAACCGCUAUAAAAAGCACGCAGAGGCACAAAAAGCACAAACUGACAGGGGAGAACGCCAAGCCCAGAGGGUGCUGCACACAUAUGAGUUGAGCAGUCAAGCACAGCGCAAUAGAAAACGAGAGGGAGAGAACAGCAAAACCAUCUCCCGCUUUGAGGAGGCCUUCUCACGCAUCACAGCGGCUACAGGAAUCACGGACACACAGGAGUUGUUGGAAAGGUUCAUAUCUCAGCGUGACUCUCACACACAUCUGGAGCAGAUGAAGGUGCAGAAUGAGCAUGAGCUUCAGCAGCUAAAGCAGAAGAGAGACGCAUUACACACUCAUUACCAGGACAUGAAGUACUCAGGAGACACCAAACUGACCCAGAGGAGGAUGUUGGAGGAGUGUGUGUCUCAGUUACAGAGGGAGCAGCAGAGACGAGACGCAGCUAAAGACACUCUGGACAGAAUCACACUCACACUGAACACUGUGAGCAAUGCUGUGGAACAUCUGUAUGAAAAACUGCAGCACAUCACACUGAAGGAUGCCCCUGUGCAGCGAAAAGGUGUGUCUCCUCAGCCUGCGUUGGAGCUGCUGCUGGAGACAGAGCUGAAACUGAUGCAGCUUCACAAAGGACUACAGGGACGUGAUAUACACACACUCACCAAAGAAAUGGGGGAGCAAGAGUUCCAUAGCGUCAUUGAGGGGAAGCUUCCUGACUCCAACACCCGCGUCACACUGCCGGAUUAUCAGAAAGCCGACCUGUCUGAAGAAGAGGAAGAUAGUGGGGAUGAUGAUGAUGAUGAUGUCAUCACUCGAGAGUUCCUCAAACGCCAGUCGCAGCACAUCAUCAACUCUAAGACAAAGAUGAAGAGCAAACUGUGACCUUCUCGUCACCUGUAGAGAUGAUGGUAGGGA